AUGCUCUCCCGGCCUCACCACCAGAAGCCCCACGAAAAUGACGUGGAGGCCGGAGAUGCCCAUGUCGACAGCCAGAACAGUGCGACGGGUGAAUCAAGCAGCGCAAGCGGCAAUGACAUGGAUGGCCUCGGUGAGUAUGCCGCCCUUGAUCGCUUCGUCAGCACCUAUCGCGAGGACACAAAGGGAGCCGACGAGGAGGAUGACAAGGCUCCUAAGAAACGACCUUGGUGGAAGUUCUGGGGGUUGGGUCACGAGGACAAUCGCCGUCGGUCCCUCGCCCCCGGAGACGGUAUCCCAGAGGACUGGCUCAACACGGACAUCAACACUGGUAUCAACACAGCCGAUAUUGAGCCAAGAAGAAGGUUGACGGGCUGGAACGAGUUGAUGGCAGCAAAGACCAACCCCAUUGCGCAGUUCAUUGGAUACUUUCGGGGACCAAUUCUCUACGUCAUGGAACUAGCCGCGCUGUUGGCAGCUGGCCUCGGUGAUUGGAUCGACUUUGGUGUGAUUGUCGGCAUCUUGUUGCUCAAUGCCUUUGUUGGCUUCUACCAGGAGAAGCAGGCCGCCGAUGUCGUGGCCAGUCUCAAGGGCGACAUUGCCAUGCGCUGCACCGUUGUGCGUGAUGGACAAAAAACCAACAUCCUCGCCCGUGAGCUUGUCCUCGGUGACAUUGUCGUCAUCCAGGAAGGCGACACAGUUCCUGCCGACGCCCGUCUCAUCUGCGACUACGACCACCCCGAGGACUUCACCAUCUACAAGCGACUGCUCGCCGAGGACAAAUUCGGUCAUCAUGAUUCUGGUGAUGAAGAGGAAAAGGAGGAUGGGGACACUCGUCGCGGCUCAGUAUACUACAUGAUGCAGCACACCAACCGUCCCCUCCUGGCCGUCGAUCAGUCUGCCAUCACCGGAGAAUCGCUUGCCGUGGAGAAGUACAUGGGUGACAUUGUCUACUACACCACCGGCUGCAAGCGCGGCAAGGCGUACGCUUUGGUGACGGCUACUGCUCGCCAGUCGUUUGUUGGCAAGACGGCCGAUCUUGUGCAGGGUGCUAACGACCAGGGCCACUUCAAAGCUGUCAUGAACAACAUUGGUACUAGUCUGCUGGUUCUUGUCAUGUUUUGGAUCAUUGCCGCCUGGAUCGGCGGCUUCUUCCGCCAUAUCCCCGUCACGGUGGGCGCGGAGCAGACGCUCUUCAGGUCCGCCCUGAUUCUCAUGAUUGUCGGUGUUCCCGUCGGUCUGCCUGUGGUCACCACCACGACGCUGGCUGUCGGCGCGGCCUACCUGGCCAAGCAGAAGGCCAUUGUGCAGAAGCUCACGGCCAUUGAGUCUCUUGCCGGCGUCGACAUCCUCUGCUCCGACAAGACCGGUACCUUGACCGCCAACAAACUGUCUCUCCGUGACCCCUUCGUCUCCGAGGGUCAGGACGUCGACUGGAUGAUGGCGGUGGCAGCCCUCGCCUCGUCGCACAGCGUCAAGUCCCUGGAUCCAAUCGACAAGGUCACGGUACUCGCUCUCAAGCGCUAUCCACGCGCCCGCCAGAUCCUCCAGCAGGGAUGGGUCACUGAGAAAUUCACUCCUUUCGACCCCGUCUCCAAGCGCAUCACCGCAGUGUGCCGUCUCGGCGAAGAUACAUUCACCUGCGCAAAAGGUGCGCCCCGUGCGAUCUUGAAACUGACCGAAUGUGCCGAGCCCACCGCGUCCCUCUAUCGCGACAAGGCGCAGGAAUUCGCCCGUCGUGGUUUCCGCUCUCUAGGCGUUGCUGUCAAGAAGAACAACGAGCCUUGGGUCCUGCUCGGUCUGCUCUCCAUGUUCGACCCUCCUCGCGAGGACACGGCACAGACCAUCAUUGAAGCCGCUCAGCUCGGUGUGCCCGUCAAGAUGCUUACCGGUGACGCCAUUGCCAUCGCCAAGGAGACAUGCAAGAUGCUGUCUUUGGGCACAAAGGUCUACAACUCCGAGAAGCUCAUCCACGGUGGCUUGUCUGGCAGCGUGCAGCAUGACUUUGUCGAGCGUGCCGAUGGUUUUGCCGAGGUCUUCCCCGAACAUAAGUAUGCCGUCGUCGAAAUGCUCCAGCAACGAGGCCACUUGACAGCCAUGACCGGUGACGGUGUCAACGACGCUCCCUCCCUCAAGAAAGCAGACUGCGGUAUUGCCGUCGAAGGCUCUUCGGAAGCCGCCCAAGCCGCCGCCGACAUUGUGUUCCUCGCUCCUGGCCUCAGCACCAUUGUCCUCGCCAUCAAGACAUCGCGACAGAUCUUCCAACGCAUGAAGUCCUACAUCCAAUACCGCAUUGCCUUGUGCUUGCAUCUCGAGAUCUACCUGGUACUCAGCAUGAUCAUUUUGAAUGAGACCAUCCGCGCCGAGUUGAUUGUCUUCAUUGCUCUGUUUGCCGAUCUGGCCACUGUGGCUGUCGCGUACGACAAUGCCUACUGGGACCCUCGCCCUGUCGAGUGGCAGCUGCCCAAGAUCUGGGUCAUCUCCGUCAUUCUCGGCAUACUGCUCGCCAUAGGCACCUGGAUCUGUCGCGCGACCAUGCUCCUCCCCAGCGGAGGCAUCAUCCAGAACUUUGGCUCCGUCCAGGAAGUUCUCUUCCUCGAGGUCGCCUUGACGGAGAACUGGCUCAUCUUUGUCACCCGCGGUGGCAAGACAUGGCCAUCCUGGCAGCUCGUGGGCGCCAUCUUUGGUGUUGAUGUCCUGGCCACGCUCUUCUGCAUCUUCGGCUGGCUCUCUGGUCGACCUGUGCAGACAAGUCCCCCGGGCGGAUAUGACCAGCGCGAGGAUGGAUGGACAGAUGUCGUCACCGUCGUCAUCAUUUGGCUCUUCUCCUUUGGCGUCACAGUCGUCAUCGCGGUUGUCUACUUCCUCCUCAACAAGUGGAGCUGGCUCAACAAUCUCGGCCGCAAGGAUCGCAGCCACAAGGAUACCAAGCUGGAAAAUGUCUUGGCCAGUCUGCAAAAGCUUACGGUCGAACACGAGAUAGACAGCAAGACCGGCGCGGAUCGUUUCCACCUCGUGGAGAAAAUUCAUGAGCAGGAGGAGGACCUGUAG